UCAAGGAAGAGGUAUCCCUUUAGUUUGAAUCAGAUACGCAGCCACGGCGCGUGGAAAAAACAACUAUCUUCUUCCUUUUAUAUUCUAAACCACCUGCUACAUACUAAGACGCCGUACUUUAUCUUUCAUUUCCCUUUUCUUCCCCAUCUUCGCUUUCAUGUAUUAGUGCAAACUUUUUUUAAAUUUGUGGCUUUAAACUUUGCUUUGCUUUUAGGCAACAAGAAAAUCAUUAAAAUCACAGCUAAAACAUCUCACUACUGUUUCAUAAAACUCAUGAGCAAGCAAAAUCAACGCUCCACCUUCUGCUGUCGUCUUCAACCCAAUACCAGAAGAUCGCAGCCGUUAUGGCAACAGGAAUUGUAAAUCAAUGGCGAAGGCAAAUUCACUCCUGUUCUUUCUCUGUUUCGUCGUCUCGAUGUCAACGGCGCAAAGCCAAGCUUCGUCAGCUCCGCCUUCUCCACCGAUCAACACCUUUGGGCCGGCUGGACACAAGUUCAACCCGUCGAUGGAGAUCGUCAUAGUGGUUUUGCUGACGGCAUUUUUCUUCAUGGGAUUCUUUUCUGUUUACAUCAGGCAGUGUGCCGAUAGGAGGAGUCGUGGCGGGAACUGGGACUGGGAUUGGGACGGCACCGUGAAUUUCGGGCGGCGGUCGAGGAGAUCGAUGCGUGGACUCGACCCCUCGGUGAUCGAUUCUUUCCCGACGUUCCUGUACUCGACGGUCAAAGGAUUCAAAAUGGGGAAAGACACGCUUGAGUGCGCCGUUUGCUUAAACGAGUUCGAGGACGACGAAACGCUGCGUAUGAUCCCUACGUGUUGCCACGUGUUCCAUCCUGGUUGCAUCGACGCUUGGCUUUCCUCUCAUUCCACGUGCCCCGUCUGCCGCGCAAAUUUGGUUCCAAACCCAGACCAGUCGACGAUCCCCUGCGCCGCCGUGCUCCAAGAAAACGAUUCGGUCUCCGAACAAGAAACCCGACCCGAAAACAAUAAUCCGAUUGACCAACCCAGUGAUAUCGACGUUGUUAACCAGGCAGCGGACACAGAAUCGCCGGAUGUUAAUCUGGUUGCAAGGCAGCAAAGGUCACGGUCGACGGGGUGGAGGUUAACCCGGUUGUUUCCACGGUCUCGCUCGACGGGUCACUCGUUGGUCCAACCGGGGGACAACCGCGAGAGGUUUACGCUACGGCUGCCGGAGGAUGUUCGGAGCCAGCUGAUGAACUCGAGUUUGAGCCGUACUAAAAGUUGGGAGGCGCUCCCCCGAGCGAGGAGUUCGAAGAGGGGUUAUAGGAGUAGGAGUUUAGGGAGGAAUUAUUAUAAUUACGAGAGGUUCGAUCAGUGGGGGUUCACUACGACUCCUCCGUUUUUUUUAAGGUUCGGGUUGAGCGGGUCACCGAAACCGGUGGUUAGUGGCGGCGAUGAGGGGUCGGCUAGGAGUUUAACUAAACCUAUUAAAUCGUCAUUUGAUCGCUUGUUCAUUGGAGGGUUGGGGGAGGAGAACGUAGGUGAACGAUUGUCGGACCGACUACGGUCUGAAAGUCAGGUUUAGACGUUGGUGGUUUAUCGGGUUUUUUUCUUUUGGAUUUGAGGUGAUAA